CAGGGGGACGUUAGUGGGACGUUUCUCUCUCCAUCCCUCCAUGUGAUUCAUUCGCUGCUUCCCAUCACAGUGUUAACGGCAGCUGCUUCACCCUCCGCAAACCGCCACCCCCUCCACUCCUCCUCCUUGUCUCUACGUGUGAGUGUGAGUGAGUGAGUGAGUGAGUGCAGGAAGACGAAGCGGCAAGCAGGAGGAAACACCAAGGACGUCCUUUUUCCAGCCCCGGGAGACGGAGAUGCAAGGAACGAGCAGUUAGAUUAGCCCGUGCUGCUGUUGCCUGCUGCAGGAUAAGUUCGUUCCGGAGGGUACUGCAGCUGAAGCUCUGCUCCUCGAUCCGUGCUCGGUGUGUGAGUGUGCCAGGAGAAUUUCAUUCAGGCGCCGGACGGAGAUCUGGCAACAAAGGACUUCUCAUCUUCCGCAACUAUUGAAUGUAACAUCGCUCGGAUAAGGAAGGCAGGGAAUUAAAAGCCAUCAUCAUGAAUUUCGUUAUGAAACAAGCGCUGGGAGGGGCCACCAAAGACAUGGGCAAGAUGCUUGGUGGAGAGGAGGAGAAGGACCCUGAUGCUCAGAAAAAAGAAGAGGAAAGACAAGAAGCGCUGAGGCAACAGGAAGAGGAGAGGAAGGCCAAAUAUGCAAGAAUGGAGGCAGAGAGAGAAAACAUCCGACAGGGCAUCAGGGAUAAGUAUGGCAUCAAGAAGAAGGAGGAGAAGGAAGCCGAGGCAGCAGCUGCUAUGGAGCAGGCCUCCGAGGGCAGCCUCACCCGCCCGAAAAAAGCAGUUCCUGCUGGCUGCGGCGAUGAGGAGGAAGAAGAGAGCAUCGUGGAUACGGUCAUGAAAUUCAUCCCUGCACCACUCAUGGAUAUGUUCAAUAAAAAGUAACAGCGUUCUGGCAGGAAAAUGGUUAACUUCUUACAAUGUCCAUCUAAUCAAUGCUGUACCACCCUGCCCCACCUCCAGCUGCAGCCACACCUUUCUUCACCUCCCUCCCACCCAGUCAACUCAACUUCUAAGUGUCCUGGAAUUACACAACAUGCUGUGAUUUUGCCCUUAAGUUAAACUUUCUGAUCUCACAGUGAUUCAUACUUUUUAAUAUCUCUGACAGAGAUCUUUCUUGAUAACCUGUGAUUAUUAUCGUGUUUUAAAAAGUAUGCAACACCUACACAGAUCGAAUGUCUUUACUUAAGGCAAACUGAUGCCAUGUUUUCAAAAUGCCCAGCACUUAGAAUACGACCAGAUAUCACCCAUCAUCCACCCUUUUUGUUUGUAAAUAGCCUCGGUUAUAUAAAAAGAGUACUAUAUAUCAGUGAAAUAUGACGUAUAACAAGAUAACUAAGAGUAUAAGCCAUAUUUUUAACUUGUAAGAAAUGAUCCAAAUCAUAUCAAAUUUAAUUGAAUCGUCCUGUUAUGUUCUUGCUAAUAUUUGAUACAUACAGUGUAUAUAUACUUGCAUUUUUAUUGGUUCUCCUUGGUUAGGAUCAUUCCCACAAACUGUCCCAUAUGUUCUCACUGUUUUAAUGUAAAUGUGUAGUACGAACACUGGCAAAGCCAAUACAUCUGUAAACUCAAAAGUGAAGGAAUUCAGUUGAAAUGAAACUUUUUUGUUUUGCUUUGUUUUGUUUACUUUUUAAGCAUGCAGUAAAGUUGUGAAGUACAUAUAUGGAUACCAUUUCCUUUGUUAUGAUGAAGCAAAAUACACUGAAAAUUUGAGGCAAUAACUGGUUUUCCAUUUUUAUUUAGUUAACGUCUCAUCCACCACCGUGUACAGUAAGCGAUAAUUGACUUUGUGUCUAAAACGUUCUUCCAUGGUGGAAAUUAUAAAUGUUCUCCAUAAAGUUUGUCUUAAAAAGAGUAAGAUGAAAUCCUUAAAUUCUAUAAAGUCACUGGCUAUACAUGUUUGAGGCUUAAAAAAACAAAGUUCUUUUCCUUCUGUGGUGUUGCACACUCAGCUUUUUGUAAUAGGAAAUGUAAACGUUUGGCCAGGCUUGUUAAUUUUGAAUCGUGCUAACACUUUCAUCAUUUUACUUUUUAAAAAGACACUUCCCAAACACAACUAUGUUGUGAAUACACUAUAUGUGAACAGACAGUGACAAUAGUGCAAUAUAUUGUUCAAAAUGAA